AUGGCGGGUACAAUGAAGCGAACGCGGAAGCUGCAGAUUAGCUGUGGGGACGAGGAGGACGACGCGUUUCCCAGCCAUGGGCUAUGGGAGAUUAAGAAUGCUGACGUGGACCGCAACUCGACAGUAGAGACCAAACCAGGCGGUGCUACUGGUAGUGGUAGCGGAACUGAGCAGUCUUAUUUAGAGACGUCCUUAGCCACGUCGAUCGAGAUCGGCCACGUCGGCACGCUGACGUGGCGCCAGCUGGCGGUUGACCGCGACUUAAGGCUGAUUUCCUGGUGGCACCACGUGCCACUGUACAGCCGCGACGGGCUCCUUAAUUUCGUCUGCGCGACGCCUAGAGGCUCGUGGAUUAAGUACGAGGUAGCUCAAGACGAGGAGUUCACCCCGCUUCGAAUCGCCCAGUUCCCCGCCGCGAACGCCGGUACUAGUAGAGAAGCGGCUGCGGGUGCAAGUGCUAAAGCCGCCACGGCGGGUGACCGUUAUUCGAGGCCCGCGCAUUUCGCGGAGAACGCGACGCGGUUCAGCCUAGGGUUUCUCCCGCAGACCUACGCGGACCCCGCGCAGCCCAACCCUGACUAUGGCGGUCUGGCGUACCAAGGCGGUCCGAUGGACGCCUUGCUUCUGGACCUUAACGACGCGUCGCGAGCCGGGUUCACCUCGCUGGCCGCCUCUUCGAUUAGUUGGCUGCCGUCCCGCGAUUUACGGACAGGGGAUGUGUGUCAGGUGAAAGUAGUCGGCGCGUUCGCGGUCGUGCAGCAGAAGAGCCACCUUUCCUGGAAGCUUCUAGCUAUUCCGGCGGUCGCGAAUGCUGGUAGAAGCGGCAGCGGUGCCGGGGGGGAGGAUGACGUGGCGGAUCAGAUCAAUGACGUGGCAGACGUUCAUGCAAUGUUCCCGGGCCUGCUAGACGACAUUCGCGAAUGGCUACGAUUCUGCGACUGCGUUGAUCCAGCCAACCCCCCCACCCCGUUUCCCCUCUCUUUCGCUACAGACGACGAGGAGAACGAGUUUGGGUUGAACCAGAGGGCCGGCGCUGCUGACGUGGCGCUGGCAAUCAUUGCGCAGGCGCAUGCUUCCUGGCAGCUUCUCACCGACGACACCCCCCCGCCCUCCCCCUGGAGCCCCGCCAACCUCGUGCUCUCGGCGCGUGUUCUCCAGGAAAAAUGGCAAAGAUACACUGACAAGUACUAUAUGGAGGCGGCUUGUAAAGGAGAUGAGAAGGGUGGCAGCGGCAGUGGUGGUGGUGGUGGUGGUGGUGGUGGUGGUGGUGGUGGAAGCUGGGAGGGUGAGAGGGGGGGUAGAGGGUUCAGUGUGGGGAGCUUGGGAAGCUGGCAGGGACGAGGUGCGAGUGGGAGUGUGAGUGGUGUUUCUGUCGAUCCCCUUCCACUCAACCUCCCGUUUGUUCCGUUCAGCGAUCCCACCACUUCGAGGGCUGAAAGGAGGUUCGAUAGGGCGUGGGAGGAGACAAGCAGGGGUGGCUCAUUCGCUGGUGAGAGUGGUGUUGGGAAUGGCUUGCGUUUCGGCGGCUCUUUUAGGGAGUCUCGGAUCAGCUCUUACGGAGGAUCAUCCGAAGGGCCUGCCACGGUGGUGGCAGGGCUGAGGAAUUGCAGGUCAGGUCCCAUGGUGGUGAGGUUUGGAGUGGUGGAGCAGGAAGCAGGGGAAGAGGGGAGAAAUUGGGGGAGGGGAGAGGAGGGAAAUCAGGAGCAGGAGCAGGAGAAAGACGAGGAGGGGCACGGUAGCAGGUCAAACAGUUCGGUAGAGUGCGGUGGAAUGGAGUCUGGUACGGUUCAAACCAGCACUGGUGCUUCGGAAUCAGCAGGAGGUGGGGGGACAGCAGCAGCUGCGUUUGCUGCUGCUGCGGCUGGUGGUGGUGGAAUGAAAGCUCGUCGCAAGUCAGGGUCAUGGGAUUUCGGCAACAUGACUGUUGGAGGGGUGUGGAUACCCGACGCUCUAGCAGAACGUAACAGCGUUACCACUGGUAACACAGUAACAUCUUUCAACACCAUCGGUGGCAGAGAUUUCGCCACCGCCGCGUUUGCUGACAUUUGCGCCCCUAACGAGAAUGACAGUGCCACUGUAGCAGAGGCGACUAGCGGUAACCGUGUAACACUAACUGGUAACAAGGUACCAGCCACAGAGCACAGCAGAGGCUUCCCUCUCUUUAGACACAGCAGCUUGAAUCGUGCCUUACUUAACGACCACAGGACAGCACUGGCCAGGCUUGGCGCGCUCUGGGGCACGGGUGGAGGCUCGGACCGCCCUCCUCCCGAACCUGACACGCAGGUUCGGGAAUCCUCCAAGCCUGACGGCGAGGUUCGGGGAUCCUCCAAGCCUGAUGGAGCAGGUCGGGCAGUGCAGCGGCGGUGGGGAGGUUGGAGGUACGGGCCUUUGGGGGGUCGUAUUGGCGAGCGUGAGGGGAGUGAAGGUGGAACGGGUGGGGCAGCUGGGGCAACGGCUUUAGCAGGAGCGUCGAGAACAGCAAGAGCAGCACCGGCAACAGUGGCACCAGCAGGUGAUGCAGAGGAGGAGGGGGAUAGCAACUGGCCAUCCCUCUCCUCAUCCUCAUUUGGAGACGCCUCGAUAGCAGACACGCUGGACCUCGCAUCGCCACGCACCAGCCUGAGUGACGCCUGGGAUCAGGCCCUCAUCUCCUCUCUCGAUGAUGAUGCCUCGCUGCUUCCCCUGCCGCCCACCCUCGCUUCUGCCUGGGAUAGUGCAGGCGCGGUUGGUACCGGUGCUAUUGCUGGUUCGGUGAGGGGCGCGGUGCAGCAGGGUGUUAGUGGUGGUGGUGGGGCCCUUCCCCGAACCUACAGCAGCUCCGGGUAUGGGUUGAGCCCGCCGAACCAAAGGGGGCAGGUUCGGAGUGAGGUGCUACAGUUGCCAGCAUGGGUGGAUGAGAAAGUUGGAGCAAGAGGGAAUGGAGGGGAUGUGGGGAUGGGACGAGAGAGGGGGAGUGAGGAGGUGGGUUUGAGCGAGAAAGAGAGCGAGGAGGUGGGUUUGAGCGAGAAAGAGUGGAAGCAUGGGAUCCAGAGUGGAAGCUUGGCGGGGCAUAGUGCGGUUGGGAGUGGUAUUAGUGGUAAUGCUACACGGUAA